GCGCACAAGCAUGUUUCGUUACGACGUGUUUUGGGUUCACAGAAAAAUGUGUCACUAUUUCAAUUGCAAUCAAAAGUCACCAUUAUAAAAUCAGUCAAAUCUUUUUUCAUGCAUUUCAUUCAUCCUUUCUUGCAAAGAGUUACCCGUGCGUUAAAUCUCAACGGAAUAUGCAACGAUUUAUUCGCCAAAAUCGUAAGAAAUUGUGGCAGUCGCGUGGAACGAGUAUGUGCUAUGGCGGGGCCUUUCCGACAGCACAUUCUAAUAACUCAUUCAACGGUCUCUGCAUAUUGUAUGUAUUUGCUUGUUUUCUUUUGAACUACCCCGCUGGAAAAGAAUUCUUGGUUCUAUGCCAGUCUUGGUAAUAAAACAAAGUGGGUAAAUGAUGUGAAUCACACAAGACACGACCGGGGACCCGGGAGAGAUUUGUCCACCACUAACUACAGUGUCCCGAUUUGGCAACGUUCACAAAAUACGUCAACUGCUAUCACUCAAAAACUUGGUUUUCGACUAUAUGACCUCUGACCAUUGAAAAACUUUUUUAUGCCCUUCUUCUCACCAUCAAAAACGAAAGAAAUGUACACAAGUGUCAAAGCCCAGAAGACUGCAAACAGGAACAUGAUGAAAAUACUUCAAAAGGAGUGAAAGUAUUUCUUCGUUUCUGAGAAAGUGUAUUCAAGACAUCCAAUAUAAAAAAAAAAAAAAGGAGAUUAAGUGACGACGUCAACAAGUUCCGAAAAUGGAAACUACGGCGUCGCACACGACGUCCUUACACGAGUCGGCUAUGGAUUUGGGGAAAAUCACAUUUUCAUUUAUGAACAGCUCCAAACACGGAUGGAGCUCGUGGCCGACAGCUGCAGCCACUUGAACGGUACCAACGAUCUGCUGAUGUUGAUGGCGGUCCAGCACAACGGCCAUCGUCGUAUUAACACGAACACCAGCGCCAAUAACUCGUUUAUUUACAACGAUAUUUUCCUAAGCAGGUCGUCUUUAGGAUUGAGGCGCUUCUCGGGUGUCAUGACCAUCUUCAUUAUUAUGAUGGGAGUAUUGGGUAACGCGUUAACUAUUGCAGCGCUAAUUAAAAGCCCGAAAAUACGCAAUCUAACGGUGGCCUUCAUCACCAGUUUGUGCGUGGCGGAUUUGAGCUUCUGCGUUCUGGUAAUGCCGUUCACCGCCUACCGAUUCCUCAACGAUCGCAAUUACUUUGGAGACGAAGACAUCAUGUGCGUCAUCUUCCCAUUGGUUCAAUACGCCAAUGUCGGUGUUUCUUUACUCUCCAUCGCCAUGAUCACCAUUAACAGGUUCGUGAUGAUUGCCUACCCACACAUGUACAAGAAGAUUUACACUCGACGGAGCGUCGCCGGUAUGGUUGCCUUCUCGUGGAUUUUCUCUUUUCUGACGUUGAUGCCCACCUUGACCAGUCGAUGGGGGAAAUUUGGUUUCGAUACUUGCCUGGGCUCGUGUUCCAUCAUCGGGUCUAAAGGACCGAAAACGACCUUGUUCCUGAUCGGAUUCCUAACACCCUGUCUAGCCAUUGUUAUCUGCUAUGCUGGUAUCUUCUGGACCGUGAACAAGUCGAGAACGAGAGUCCAGGGACAUGCGGCAACGACUACGGCGACGACUACGGCGACUCCUGGUCGCACUGGAAGCGAUUGGCGUCUGACUAAAAUGAUCCUCAUCAUUUUCGUUUCGUUUAUUGUCUGCUACUUGCCAACAGCCAUUAUCAAGAUUGUCGACAAGAAAGUGGAACGAGCCGACGCUCACGUCAUCAGCUACGUUCUCAUCUAUUUAUCGGCCUGUAUUAACCCAAUAAUCUACGUGACGAUGAACCGCCAGUUUAGACAGGCGUACAAAGAUCUUCUCUUUUGCACCGGGUGGACGCCGGAUACGAAACAUUGCACCAAUAGCGCGUCGGGCAUGCACGGCGUAGCCAACAGGACGGCCAGCUCGAAUGCUUCCGUAGCGGUAAUGGCCGUGCAUCAUCCGGAUCCUGACCGAGUUCUUGCCAAGAGUAAACGAACCUCUAGCAAUCCAGUUGACAUUCCUCUCAACCGAUUGAGCAACGCCUGUUGAUCAGCACAUAACAUACAAGUCGUAUGUAUACAGUCAUUCAUUCAAAGCCUUAUGCUUUUGUCUUGUUUUGUUUUAAUUCGAUCUUACAAUUUAUUCGGUUUAGUUUUUAGUUUAAUCUCAUUUUUUUUUCUUCUGUUUUUAUGGGUUUUUUUGUUUUUUUUUAUGAUAAGUUAUGGCCAUGGGGUAGAGAAAUUUGUGUCAUGUUAAAAUGUCGUAAUUGGUCAUUUCCUUAUAGAGAACUCCGCGCAAUUUUAUUUUUGUUUGUUUUCCUCGCGCGAUUUUCCAUGUCCUUAUUUUUUCGUUAAAACAAAAUCCUGGCCGUAUUAUUUGACGUUUUGACGGGCUAAAUAAAGGAACAAAGAUGUGA